AUGAUUGCGAUUCUAGUCAAAGUGGGCGAUAUCUGGAUUCGCUUUGUUGACUCUUACCGUAUGAUGUCGGCAAGCUUGGAUGAACUGUCGUCGAACCUGCCCCGUGAACAACUGAUACAAAGUGCAAAAUUAGUAUCACCAGAGAACAUUCACCUAGUUACCAAGAAAGGAACGUAUCCUUACGAUUACAUAACAUCAGAUGCGGUAUUCGAAGAGACUAGUCUACCACCUAGAUCGGCGUUUGCAAACAAGCUUAAUGAUACGGAGGUCAGUGAUGAGAACUAUCGACACGCCGAAACCGUAUGGAACACAAUGAAAUUCAAGAACUUUGGGGAAUACCACGAUUUCUAUUUAACACUGGACACAUGUCUUCUUAGUGAUGUUAUUAACUCGUUUCGUGAUAUAUGUUAUAAACACUAUCAAUUGGACAUCAAUCACUUUUUUACUGCCCCCUCACUAACGUGGCAAGCCAUGCUGAAACACACUGCUAUUGAUAUAGAACUGAUGACAGAUAUUGAUAUGGUUUUAAUGAUAGAGGAGUCAAUAAGAGGGGGGCUCGUACAAUCUAGUAGGCGCUGGGCGCAGGCUAAUAACGAGUUCCUCGCACAUCCCGCUGAUUAUGACCCUAAUAAGGAGAAGGCGUGGUUGCUUUAUUUAGAUGCUGUCAACUUAUACGGAUAUGCAUUAAAACAACCCCUCCCUGUUGGAAACUUUCAAUGGGUUGAAAACCCAGAUAGUCUAAAUUGGUCCAACCUCCCAUCUGAUGCUCCUACUGGUUAUAUUCUUGAAUGUGAUGUGGAAGUUCCAGACAGUAUCCAUGAUAAAUUGAAUGAUCUUCCCCCUCUACCUGAACGUGCAAAACCUCCUGGAAGUAAAGUAGAAAAGCUCAUAGCAACACUUUACAAAAAGGAGCAUUAUAUUGCUCAUUAUACUUUGAUCAAACAGGCUCAAAAACUUGGUUGUCGUGUUACAAAAGUACACCGAGCAUUGAAAUUUAGCCAAUCACCGUGGAUGGAAAAGUAUAUUGAAUUUAAUUCGAAACUUCGCAGUGAAGCAACAAACAAAUUUUCAAAAGACUUUUUUAAAUUACUUAAUAAUGCGACCUUUGGGAAAUCUCUUCAGAACAACAGACGGCAUAUGGAUGUACGUGUAGUGACAACAAAAGAAGCUCUUGAAAAGUAUGCCAGACAACCACGGUUUGUGGAUCGAACUAUUAUCCGAGAGGGGGAUAAAGAUGGGAUUGUCUUGGUUUAUCUCAGAAAAGAUGUUAUCCUACUUGAUAAACCCCUAUUCGUAGGAAGUGUGACUCUAGAUUUAUCCAAACUCAAAAUGUAUUGGUUUUGGUACGACGUACUCUCAACGCUAUUUCAACCUCCCAAGUACACAAUCACUUUAAUAUAUACUGAUACAGAUUCUUUGGUGGCAUGGAUUAAAGGUCCAGAUAAUGUAUAUGAAGUUCUCAAGAUUAUAGCGGAUGAACACUUGGAUCUCUCAAACCUCCCACACGACCAUCCACUAAGGAGUGACAAAAACAAACAGGUUGCAGGAAAGUUUAAGGACGAAACUGCAGGAAAGGUGCUCUAUGAGCAUGUAGGACUUAAAAGCAAGAUGUACUGCCAACGUUAUUCGUCUCUUUCUACACCGCCCAACAAAGACACAAGCGAAGUAAAAAAGGCUAAGGGGAUCAAAAAUUCAUUUGUAGAGAAGGUUAUGCGGUUUGAACAUUACAAGGAUGCCCUCUUUAACAAAACGCAGUACACUGCUGAUUUCAACUUAAUCAGAAGUAAAUCAUUUCAGUUGACUUCACAACAUGUUUCAAAGAGAUCUCUUUCGUUUCAUGAUGACAAGAGAUAUAUUUUGGACGAUGGAUACUCUACACUUGCACAUGGACAUUUUAGGAUAAAACAGCUUUCAGACAGCGAGCAUCGGAGGUCAAGCUCAUCGCAAAAUAAGGGGAUCAUAGAUUAA